GACGCCCCGCCCCCGCGCGGCGCUGCGGAACCGGAGCUCCGGGCGGCGUCGGCAGCGGCGCGGGAGGCGGCGAGGCCGGGGCGGCAGGAGCCGGCGCGGCGACCGCAGCGAGAGCGGCGGGGACGGAGCAGACCACGACGAAGGCGCACAGGCAGCCGGGCCGGGCCGGGCCACGGGGAGAGCGGCCGCCGGGAAGCGGGCGGGAGGCCGGGCGGGCAGCGGGCAGCCACCGAGCCGCGAAGCGACAUGGUGGUGCUCAAGGAGUAUCGAGUCAUCCUUCCUGUGUCUGUAGAUGAGUAUCAAGUAGGGCAGCUGUAUUCUGUGGCUGAGGCCAGUAAAAAUGAAACGGGUGGAGGUGAAGGCGUGGAGGUCCUGGUGAACGAACCCUAUGAGAAGGAUGGUGAGAAAGGCCAGUACACACACAAGAUCUACCACUUACAGAGCAAAGUACCCACGUUUGUUCGAAUGCUGGCCCCUGAGGGAGCCCUGAAUAUACAUGAAAAAGCAUGGAAUGCCUACCCUUAUUGCAGAACUGUUAUUACAAAUGAAUACAUGAAAGAAGACUUUCUGAUUAAAAUUGAAACCUGGCACAAACCUGAUCUUGGCACCCAAGAGAAUGUGCAUAAACUGGAUCCUGAGGCAUGGAAACAUGUGGAAAUCAUAUAUAUAGACAUUGCAGAUCGAAGCCAAGUACUUAGCAAGGUAGGAACUAUUUUAAGAUGUGGGUGGCCUUCGAGAUGGCCUAGCUGCGAGCAAGAGAAGCGUCUGUUUACAAACUUUCACAGGCAGCUGUUCUGUUGGCUUGAUAAGUGGGUUGACCUAACCAUGGACGACAUUCGAAGGAUGGAAGAAGAGACGAAGAGACAGCUCGAUGAGAUGAGACAGAAGGACCCAGUGAAAGGAAUGACAGCAGAUGACUAAAGCCACCCCUACCCCCUCUGCACUUUUUGCAAGACAGUGGUCAACAGGAAGGCCCAGCAGCUCCACCCUCCCGAGUGACAGGCCAUCUUCGGACGCAGCCUUUCUGUGCCCAUUCUUCAGGCAACUUUCAAUCCCUUACUGUAGCUAAUUCUAGAUGCCCUUUAAUAUUGUAAACAAAUAGACCGUCUGGUAUUACAAAGCCCAUGUGUGCGGGAGCCCACGCCUCUGAGAUAUGUGUAGGUUGCUGUAUUUACAGCUCCUCCCUCUCUCUCCAUUGUGUUCUGACCCAUUUCUCUGUGUGCCCCCACCUUUAUUUCCAAGUGACAUUUUUAGUCUUUCAAAAUAGCUGCCUUUUGUGAUGUGGUGAUUUAAAUGAUUACGUUCAUUUGUUUUCAACCUUGGGAUAAACUGAGGUAUUUUGCUUCCUGGGCAGAUCUUUGCAAUUUUGAGUGCUCACCUGGGGAGAGAAGAUGAGUUACAAAUACAGAGUUUUUCCCCCCAGUUCCACAGAAUAGCAAUGUGGCUUUGUAACUCUGACUUCUGCUCCCACUAUCCCAUUGUUAGAGUGCUCUAAGCACCACGGAGGUACCCAAGGCCUAGCCAGUCUCUGUUUAAGAAAAUUUAACAAAUACAAAUAACCCCUGCCCCAGUCAUUGCAUCUCUGGUCACUAUUCUUAGAAACACCUAUGGUUUCCCAGCCCUCCUGUUGCCCACUCUGUCUGAUUCUCUCUGCAGAGCCUACAAAACACCCCAAUCAAGUCUCCACCUGCAGGGAAUUGUCCAGCGUGGCCCUCAGAAGUGAGUCUACCCCAUAGAUACAGAUCAGUGUGAUCCCUGAGGAGCUCUGUAUGUCCAUGCUCCUCUUCCCUUUUGGGUUGGUGCUGCCACUCAGCAAUAAUCCUCUUUUCUCUGUGCUUUCUUAGAUCCCUGUCCUCUGUCUUUGAGGCUGGUUAGGACAUAAGAGUCCUGAUCUUUUCAUUCUGCACAAAAUGAGCAUGCAAAAAGCUUUCUUCCAGCAGAACAUGUUCCCUCUUGUCUCCAGUUGCUGGAAAGGAAUUUGGGGAUCAAGAACUCAGCUCAUCCUGCCCCCAUGCUGAGUUCUGUCCUGGACAAUCAAAAGCAAGUAGUGAUCAUAGUAUAGAACUCUACCAAAGCAAGCUGGCGAAGAAGUCCAGGCUGCAGGGGAAUAGAAGCUGCUGAGUGCUUCAUAGUUUCCUACAACUUGGCAUAACCCGAGUAUGAGUAUGCCUUCCUAGUGGGAGGAUCUGAGAUAGCUAUGGUGUCACCUGACAUUCCUCCAACCUUGUGAAGUAUGUUGGCUUGAUCCAAGCCCAUGCUAGCCUGGGUGCAUCUGCUAAUGAGAGAGACCAAAUCUCUUUUGGGGGGAGCAAGAAGUGGGAUGAGAUAAUUUAUCCUUGUUUUUGUGAGUGUGUUUGCCUUACUCAUUUCUAAGUGCAAUAAGGGAGUGUCUCUCACAGGAUUGCACCUGUGACAUCCUGAUGAAUGCUGCCCUGUGGCCCUGCUGGGGCAGGGGUGGACAGAUUCAGACUCCUCGGCAUGGUUAGCUCUGACCUUCACCCAGGUCGCUUUGGGAACAGGGAGAUGUCCUGCUACAGACAACUUCCUCUGUAUUAGUCUCCUCACCUUGAGGGGUCUUUAGUAAUCUGGGGCAUUUCUGCUGGUUAUUAGCAUCUCAACUGCUGGUAGCAUUUAUUCAACUGGGAAAGUUGGAGAAGAGGCAUUCCUACUGGAGAAAAAUGUAAAUGUUUUCCUACAAGCUCUGUAUUAGCUAUUAAUUAUAUUUGUGCUUAAAGAUUUCCCUUCUUCAUUCAUCAAUUAGGUGAAGUCCAGAUGUGGGUUAUCUUGGGAGAAACAAGCUGUGAUAUUCUAAACAGUUGAUUAUGUGGUUUGAGGGUCAGCAGAUGUUAGUCUCCUUCCUUCAGCUCUUCUUUGAGAUCCACACAUAUCACUUGAGCUCUAGUGGGGGUUCCUCCACCUCCACCUGUUGCCCCAGUUUGAAAGAGCUGAGGCUCUUGCCCACAUAAACAUAAAGGAGGGAUGUCCCUGGUCUGUUCCAUCCCCAUGGAUGGUGUUGCUGCUGGGCAACAGUGUUGGCUUCUUUUAAGUACCUCCUUCCCUCCUUAGCCACCCCCAAACUGACUGGCACUAAAGGGACUUAUGAUAAAGGCUCAGCUCCAGGGGUAGUACCUGAGCAUGUGCCACACCCCUUCAGACUAGCUGCUUCCAUUAGAUUUCCAGGGUCAUAGUCCCAACUGGAAGCAGCAGUGCCUCUGUAGGAGGGGUACUGGGCUCUGGCCUUCUCAUGAAGAGAGGUCAGGGACAGAGUCAGUAUCGUGGGCACAUGUGUAUCUUCCCAAGUACUUCUUUUACAAUCCCUACUGGGACUCCCAGACUUAUUUUGGUUGGUUCCUAGUGCUACUUCUUUUACAAACUACACUUUGUAGAACUGAUUAGAUUACCUUGUUUAUUUAAUGUGAGUUUGUGCCUUUUUGUCUCAAUCUUCCAAUACAGGUAUAUUGGGAAAAAAGCAGUCUAAUAAAAUCCUAGACAGA